UAGUGUUGUUGGUCCGCUGGGUGACAGGGGUUGUCCAGGAGCUGCUGGGGUAAAAGGCCUCAGAGGUCCACCUGGUCCUCCUGGCCCUAAUAUGAUGGGGUCAGUUGGGCAACGGGGAGAACCAGGGGAACCAGGACCUCAAGGUCAGACGGGACCCCCUGGUCCUAAAGGCGUUCAAGGUGAUGCCCUGCCCUGUGAACCUGGCAUACAUGGAGCCCCAGGUUCUAAAGGAAUGCCUGGUCGUAAAGGUGAGAUAGGUCAGCUUGGAAAUCCAGGAUGCAAAGGACAAAUUGGACCAGAUGGUCCCAAGGGAGAGAGUGGAGAUCCUGGCGAUAGUGGGUUAGCAGGAUUUCAAGGUCCAGUUGGAUCUUUAGGAGAUCCAGGUGACACUGGGCCAGAUGGCACCAGUAUUAGUGGCUCACCUGGCACACCUGGUAAUCGUGGACCCCAGGGUCUAAAAGGGUCUUUUGGAGACUCUACUACAGGGGCCCCAGGACAGAUGGGGCCCGGUGGUAUUCAGGGACGUCAGGGCCCUAAAGGUGUCCCUGGAUCUCCUGGACCAAUUGGAUUGCAAG